CCCAGGAUCGUGCUAUCACGCCGACGGGGAGCAGCUUCUCGCCUGGCACUCGCCGCUCGCUUGCGUCUUUCCGCGUCUACCCCCGUGUCACGCAGAAAUUUUCGACUCCGUUCGGACAAGAAAGAGAAGCGCCUCGCCCGCGAGAAAGUGGCGUCUUCCGGUCUCGCGUUACCGUCGCUGCGCUGGUUGUGCGAACAGUCUAGGAUUCGGUGAACCGACGCGAUCCGGCGGCGCGCGGCGACGCCGAGAAACGUGGUUGCGACGCCGGUGUACGCGGAGGAAAACGAGGAUGAUCAGGACGCAGACCAGGUGAUAGAGGCUGGCAUCGCUGGCCGACUACCCGGGGAACCGUGGAAGACGACAGGUCCGACUGUUCCGAUGGAAAUAGCCAGGUUCGAAGAGUAAACCGAGAGGAUCGUUCGCGAGGACCAGGAAUAGGCGAGCCGACGGCCGACCGAGACGAGGGACGUCGACAACGUCGGAAGCGCCGGGUGGAAUUCGACGCUGCGUUUUCAGCUGGUUAACCGAACGACCAGAAUGCGCCGGUGGUUGCGGCCGUCCUCCUCGAGAUGCUGAAGGAAGUCGGCUGCGGGAGCAGCACACCCCCGCCAGGGAAUGGCGCUGUCAGCAACCGGCAGAUUGGGACCAGCGAGAACAACGCCGACGGAAGCCUCGGUUGCGGGGGAUGCGGCAGAGAGAUAGCCGAGCGAUGGUACCUGAGGGCCGCCGAUCGUGCGUGGCACUGCGGCUGUUUGCGUUGCUGCCAUUGUCGGGUACCAUUGGCGGCCGAGCUGACUUGCUUCGCCAGGGACGGCAACAUCUACUGCAAAGAGGAUUAUUAUAGGUUGUUCGCCGUGUCGAGAUGCUCUCGAUGCCGGGCAGGCAUCUCCGCCUCGGAGCUGGUGAUGCGCGCUCGGGACCUCGUGUACCACGUCGCCUGCUUCACGUGCGCUUCUUGCGGCACCCCGCUGAACAAGGGCGAUCAUUUCGGGCAAAGGGACGGGCUGGUCUACUGUAGACCUCACUAUGAGUUGCUCUGCUGCGCGGGGGAUUACGGGAGCGGAGCUGGCAGUAUCGAGGACAUCGGUUCACCAGGGGUGUCGCCGCUUCCGGCUUAUUACAGCGCCGCGGAGCAGAGCCCGAUCACCACUUCCGGUACGGUGCAGAAGGGCAGACCUAGGAAGAGGAAGCUGUCGGAAGUCACCGGCGCUGAACUACCCGUCACGAUGAGGCUGGCUGCUGGCGCUCUUGGCCAUUUUGUUGCAGAACUACUCCAUCCUACGGAGCUGUCUUCAUCCAUGGAAUCAUUGGCAGCGUAUGACGCGUCUGUCGGGUCACCGGGUCCCGUGCACCAGAGCCAACGAACGAAGCGCAUGAGAACGAGCUUCAAGCAUCAUCAGUUGCGAACGAUGAAGAAUUAUUUUGCUAUAAAUCAGAACCCCGAUGCGAAGGAUCUCAAGCAACUGGCGCAAAAGACGGGACUUUCGAAGAGGGUGCUUCAGGUCUGGUUCCAAAACGCCCGCGCGAAAUGGCGACGGAACAUGAUGAGGCAGGAGGGUAACACGUCCGCUGGCAACGUGGGGUGUCCCGGAACACCGGUGCCCUCGAGCACGGGCGGUUCACCGAACGUGGGACCGUCGGCCAGCAUCCUGGGGGACAGCAACAGCAUGCCGUCGACCUCGAUGGAGGAGCUGCACGCUCUUCAUCACCUACAUUCCGGCGUUUCCUCUCAGGUCUCGUUCUCCGAUCUUUACUGACGACGGCUUGAGAUGGAGGAAGACAGCUACAGCAGCCUUUCCAGCCAUCUUGGAUGAAGGAUCUCCGCGCGUCCCUCUUUUGGGAUCCGACUCUCGACGCGCUGUCGUUCAGGGGGGGGAACACGAUCGCCAAGGAUCCGUUCCGUUUUAUUUCGCUCCUAUUUUCUAUUUCCGAGCUUCGUCGCUGGUGAACUCCUUUUCGAGAGUUGAACUCCGUUUCACGCGUAUUCGGGGAGGCGACGGAUGAAAGGAGACUCAAGACGGACGACUGUGUUUUUAUUCGAGUUCGGCAGAGCUUCUCUCCUGAACAGCGUACGAGGAUUUUAACGGAAUCGCUGCAUUGCUGACGACCUUCCCGGUGAGUAAUCGCUGAGUGUUGACUUGCGCGACUCAGGACUCGGUGUGUUCUUACGUUUGAGGUUCGCGUGACGCCCUGCUGGCUGAGGUCUGCGUAUUCUAUCCGUACGCGAAACAUUUCUUCCUAUUUGUGUACGAUCUUGUUUAAUCUUCGCAGUCGUCGCGUUCGUUUCAAUCACCGUCGAACGGGAUGACCGCGUCUCGAUUACCAUUACUCUGUACCAAACGUCAAUCACGCUUAACAGGAACAAACGAUCAUUCAUCGAUCACGAGAAUUAUUUCGAAUAACGAUCCCCGAUGAUCGCUCAAUCGAUCGUAUAACACCGCGAUACGGUAGACUAGCGAAUCGCAACGAUGGUCUGCCUGAUCGUCGAAAAAAUCUCACCGGGAAGCUCGGGUCAGGGAUCGAGCAGGUCGGUCAGCGACGAUCGACGGAUUAUGUUUAAGUAAUCAGUGAUAAUAAUCAUAGUUCCAUGCACAUCCGAAUUACCAAAGGUACUAGGCGAUAGGUUAUCUCGCUAGCGAGAGCGCGAGCCGGGCACGCGUGGGGAGAACGAGGUACCAUUAUCGAUUUAUCGAAGAAGAAAAUCCUCGACUGGCGAUAUUGCCAAGGGCCUUCAGAUGUCGCGGUAUCACACGAUCGUUUCAUUUUUCGAUAAUCGUUCGGGCCAUUUUGUCUGAAGCUUUUAGUCGUGGGUCAUUUUUGUGCCAUUUUCAUUUGAAUCGUCUCCGAUAAAUGUAGUAACUGUAAAGGGAAUGAGCUGUGCUUCGCGAUAGAACAGAGUACAAGGC